UUGUAAAGUUGGCGCUGUCUGUCCUGCUACUCGAGGAGUGUUUUAUAGUUAGGGGGAAACAAAAGCAAAAACACAACAACAUACAGUUGUUUUACAUACAUACAGAGAGUUGGUGUAGAUUUAAAUGAAUUAAAUGAGUUUUCUUUCUCUGAGAAAGGCGCAAUGUGGAGACUAAACCCUGCAGAACCGGGGACAGGUUCAGUCAGUUUGCUUGCUGGUAAGGAGUAUGCAGUAGGACGUAAGAACUGUGACAUCCUUCUGACCAAUGACCAGUCGAUCAGCCGUGUGCAUGCUCACAUCACAGUCACUGAGCAGGCUGUCACGCUGAAGGACAGGUCCAAGUACGGCACUUUUGUCAAUGACCAGCGGCUAGAGACAGGCUCCACCAAGAUCAUCUAUGCUGGAGACGAGGUCACAUUUGGCGUCUUUCAGAGCAAGUUUAGGUUGGAACUGGAUUCUGUGGUUGUGUGUUCAUCAUGUGUUGAUAAUGAAAGGAAAGCUACACUCUCCAAGGAAGUCCAGGCUCUUGGGGGGCGUCUGGUCAAUACCUGGUCGCAGGAGUGCACUCACCUCGUCAUGCCUGCUGUUAAAGUCACCAUUAAGACAAUCUGUGCUCUGCUGUGCUGUCGGCCCAUAGUGAAACCUGAGUUCUUCACUGAGCUCUCCAGAGCUGUUCAGCGGAAGGAAAACCUUCCUCAAGUGGAGAGUUUCAGGCCGGAGAUAGACGAGCCAAGUCUUGCUAAAGAGAAGGUGGACCUGGGACCCUGUCAUGAGAGAAGGACUCUGUUUGCUGGCAAAACCUUUGUCUUCCUCAACACAAAACAGAUGAAACGCUUAAGCCAGGCCAUCAGUUUUGGAGGUGGAAAGAGCCAGCUUUUGGAGGAGAGAUCUCUGCCUGGGUCACUCCUAGAGGCCACAGGAACUUGUGUUGUUGACAUGACAACGGGAUCCUCUCAACCACUCGUACCUCCUACCACCAGGAAGUGGGCAGAGUCUGUUGGCUUGGUUCUACAAAGAAAUGGUUUACGUUUCAUUGCUGAGUCAGAGAUUGGACUGGCUGCCAUUUAUGUGAAUAAUCAGAUAUACUGCAAUCCCUGCUCCAAAGUGGACUCAGAGUCUGUUAAAUUGAAUCCAGCAAUCCCUGAAGCAACACUUUCCCAGAAUGCAGCAGUAGAUGAGACCGUGCUGCAUGGGACCUCUCUAAACAUCACUGCCUAUGUGGUUAAUACAGAGCCAUCUCAGAGUCUCAGAAGGAAGGAUGUGUCUGGUACCAGAGCUGUGGGUGAGACCCCAGAAAGACGGCCUGCAAAUCCACGAGGUCCAAUAUCUACGAAGCCACCAAUGGCCACAGAGCUGCCAGCUGCCUGCUCUGAGCCUGUGUCAUCAUUCGGCGGAGUACGAGAAGAGAAGGUGGCAAACUCGGAGGGCCAGAAGAGUGAUGAAUGUGCUAAAUUCACAGGCCCUUUGAACAACGAUGCCACAAUUAAAAAGUCCCCUCAGAAACAAGCAUCACUCACUUCCUACUUCAAGCCAACCAACAAAAAGAGGCUGCGUGAUGGCACCGACUCCAACCUAUCAGAUGCCAAACUCUCCAGACGAGAGGAUGAAGCAAGUGAGGAGACAAAGAAGUCUAAUCUGGCUCCUUCUCUACAAAAAUCCCCUGCCACCAGAUUAGGCUCAAAAGCAAGCCAAAACCAGCAUGAGAGAACCUCAGCCUCGCGCUAUCCUUUCAGCAGUAGUCUCGGUUUGGGUUCAGGUCUUGCUACAGAUUCCAGAUCAGCUGAUGGGAAACAAAAUCUGAGCCUGAGUUUUGAGUCCACUUCCGGUUCUAAGAAGAGGAAAGAGCCAGAACAGGACCCUGCUGAUUUAGAUGUUUCUCUAGAGGAGCUUGAGUCCAUCAUGUCUGAGGACAUGGAUGAACCUCUGCAGCCUGCAGCUAAGAAGAAGCAAUGUUUUGAUCAAGGGGAAAGAAGCGCAGCCAUUACAGAGGAGGAUUGUAAAGUUACAUUCAGCAAGCAGCAAAGCCUAGUCAGUACAAGCCAGAACUUGGACCAGGACAGGCAGAGGACAGCCAGUCGGUACUCGGAGAGAAAGUCACAGGUCACAUCGAAUAAGACGCAGAAUUUGGAACGGGAACAGCACAGUUUAACAAACGGAAAUGAUAAACGUGAAAUUUUAGCUGUCAAAGAAGAGGAAGUUUCUUUUCUUUUGGAAACUAAGGUCCAGAUUGGUUCCACCAAACACAAUGAGGAGGCUGCAGGAAAGGAAGAACUCAUGGACUCAAGGUCAGGCUCUGGAACUGAGAAAGAUUCUGAACUUCCUAGGAAGCUUUUGCAAAUCCAGUUUAAGUCCCUGACUGUGAGCGCCUCCAGCAGGACGAGGACCGAGCCACUACAGAGCCACAAUCCUAAUGGAAAGAAUUUCAAACGCUUCCGUAAGAUCCCUGUUCUGGGACUUCAGGGGUUACCCAGAAUCAUCGGGGGCUCUGAUCUGGUGGCUCAUAACCGCAGCAAAAAUUCAGAACUUGAGGAGUGGCUGAGAGAUGCAGCUGAGCAAGAGAAACAGCAAGAACUAGAGGAGACUCUGGGUGAUGACCUGUUCAGGUAUAAUCCAAAGACUUCUAAAAGAAGAUGAAGAUUUUCAGGUUUUCUGAUUUGAAUGUUCAAAGAGAUCCUACAGUUUUAAAUUGUUUUGAUGGUUUACAGUUCCAGUGCAUGUUUUGAGCAGUUUCAGAUCUCCAUUUUGCACUUCCUUUUAGACUAUCAUGAAAGACAUGGUGUGUAAUGUUUGAAAAAUCUAACAAUGGGACUUUUCACAUUUGGUUAUUUGUCAUAAGCCUUCAUGUUUCACUUAGACAGCUUUUUCCACAGCCGUCACAACAAUCUGUAAUAAAUAACACCUAUUAAAAAUCAGAUGUCCCAAGACCAACAGUUGUUAUUGAUAAAAUAGCAUGUCUGAGUGAGAAAUGGCCAGUUUUCCAUCACUGAACACGACAAACACAGCAUGCAGAAUCCAUGCUGUCAGGACCUGCCCAACUGAUUGAAUGUUUUGUAUUUGUAUUGCGGAUUAUAUUUGCAUUUUUAUGAUGUAUGUCAGUGAAAAAAAGCUGACAUGAAGGCUUCAUGAAAUGCAUUAAAUAAGAAAAACCUGAAAGGAAAACUCAGAUUUUUUUUAACCUUGGCCCCAUUUUUCCAUCUCUUUGGGUCAACAUAUUUAGUAAGGACAAAAAUAGUUUAAAUUGGUCCAG